UCUUAGUGGCCAACAACCACUUUGUAAAUGCGUAAUAUCAUUUCCUUAAACAACCCAGAGCAAAAUUGGAUUUCAAUUUCCCAGUGCUUCAUGUUUAAAGGAGAAGUACUGAGACUAUCUCUUACUUUUGCUUCUUUUUAGAACAUUGGAAGGUAAAAAAGUUUUGUGAUCUCCAUGUGUAACAAUGAAGGAUUCAGAUGCUUCAAGCAAACUGUUUCAGGAUCAAAAUAAGAAGUCUUUUAACUUUGUAGAAAUAAAAUGGAAAAACCAUUGGUUUUCUUUUCUCAACUAACUAUGUCAGACUCAAAGGAAAAAAAUUUCUACAAGGUGAUUCACGCAAUAGGGAAAGAAGCAUUAAACAAAGACAUAAAAAACAGAAAUAAAGAAAAGAGAAAUAGACUAAGCCUUCUCCUGCAGAAACCUGAAUUUCAUGAAAAUGUCAACCUUGGUGGUAGUUCUGAAAAUUUGGCCAAAGGGACAAGUGUCUCCCCUGAAGAAGCAGUGAAAUGGAGUGAAUCCUUUGAUAAACUGCUUUCCCAUAAAGAUGGAUUCGAUGCUUUUACCAGGUUCCUUAAAACUGAAUUCAGUGAAGAAAACAUUGAAUUUUGGGCAGCCUGUGAGGAUUUCAAGAAAAGUCAAGAACCUCAUCAACUGUUCCAUAAAGCACAAGCAAUAUAUGAAAAAUUCAUACAGAAUGAUGCUCCACAGGAGGUUAACCUUGACUUCCAUACAAAAGAAACAAUUUUUAAGAGCAUCUCCCAACCCACCAUCCACAGUUUUGAUGCUGCUCAAAGUAGAGUUUAUCGACUUAUGGAGCAAGACAGUUAUACACGCUUUCUGAGAUCAGACAUCUACUUGGACUUAAUAAAUGGAAGACCCCUGAGAACAACUAACCUUCGAAGGCGAUCACGCUCCUUUACCUUCAAUGAAUUCCCAGCUGAAAAAUCAGAUAUUGCCAUUUGGCUGUAAAAAGAAUCUUAAUUUUACUCAUGUAUCAAGUCAAGCUAUUAAAAUUGACUCUUACAAUAUUAACUAUUAAUAUUAAUAAAUUUAAUAAAAAGUAAUUAGUCAUAUGGAUGAAUUCAAAAGCAUAAUUUGGAAUACUUUUCACAGCAAAGGGGUAUAAUAUAGUAAGUAUUUUCUUCAUAAAUAUAUAAUCUAUUAAAAAAUCCUUUCUUUUAAUAUAUAAUUUUCAAAAGACAAUUAUUCUUAAUAUAUAUGUGAAGUGUGAUAAUUAUACAUUCAGUAAGACUAAGAGCACAAGAUUUGCAAAAAAAAUUAACAAUGGUUUGUAAAAUGUAUAUUUAUUCAUAUAUACAUAUAUUCUACAUUUUUAUAUCAAAUGUUAAAAAAUGAUAAUGUUUGGAGAAGCAAGUUGAAAUGGAAGAGAGGCUUUGAGUAAAUAAAACCUGCAUUUAGUUCCUGUCUGAAUAAGUAUAGGGAAAGGGAAUAGAGGAUGGACCUGUGAUUUCACUGAUGAAAGGAAUUCUGGGAUGCAUAAAUUGCCUUUAAAUUGCAUGUUUGGUUAUUCUUUGCAAUUUAUAAUCUUAGAGCUGACCUAUGGGUAGCAUUUUAAAAAAACAAUAUAAUAAUUAUAAUCUAUAUUUCCUUAAAUAAAGCAUAAAGAUGUUUUAUUUAGAAAUAUUUAAUUUUCAAUGUGCCUUGUGUUAUGCCAUACAAUUAGCUUUCACAGCUUCAUGUAUUUUAAAUGCAAAGAAAAAUUAAGGAAUUUAUGCUAUAAUUUUUUCAUCUUUAUUUCUUUUUCAGCUUUAACUUAUUAUAUGCUAGAACUAAUUACUGUUCAUGCACUAUCAAUUGCACACACAUACACACAUAUAUGUGUAUGUGUAUAAUUAUUGUUAUUACAAAUAUAGAACAUACUGAGUUUUUCCAUCACUGAUUUGAAUAGUAAGUCAACUCUCUUAGACUCUUUAGAAAAAUUGUACCAUUUAUCUUUUUGCCUUUCCAACAUCUCUUUGAAAAGACAAGUUUUACGAUUUUACUUUUCUCUUUUACUGAUCUUUCCAUUUGUAAGCCUUAGUUACUGCUCUUUAUUCACCUAGUAGAAACUUGAUGAUGGCCAUUUAUACCUUCAUCUAUAUGUCAUGGAUCAAGAUGAAUAAUGUUUCCCAAAUCUUAGUCAUAUUAUGUGACAAAAGCCUUCAGAUUCUACCACCUCUUCACUCUUCAUCAAUAAACACUAUCUGAGUCACCAAGUGUACUUGGCAACAUACUAGAUAUGUUGGAGUUUUUGUUAAAUCUACCUUUGCUUUAAUGGACUUGUUCAAAUGGGUAGAAGAAACAGAUACUAAAAUGAGCAAAAUGUACAGAUUAAAUAAAAGUCUAGAAGAUUAAUUCAAAAUGUAUGGAUGUCCUAGACACAUAACAUUUUCUGAUGACAACUUCAUUUUUUUUCUUUAUUAAGUCCAGUGCCUACAAUAGGUGUUUAUUCAUGUUGAAUUAAAUCAAAUAACACAAACCAUGAUCUCACUUUUUGAAAAAAAAAUGGAUAUCUAUAUAUGAAUGCAUACAUUUAUAUAUAUAAGUACAGACAGAAAUUAGAUUUUCUAUGAAUUUAAAUGUGUUUUUAUCAUCUUCCAUAAUAUCUGAGUGCAGGGAGUGAUUAUCAGUAGUCAAGUAGGUGAAACAAUGGGUCCAGAGCUAAGAAGAGCUAAAGUCAAUUCUGCAAUCAAACAUUAGUUGUAUGAUUCUGAGCAAGUCACUUAACCAAUUUUUGCCUCAUUUUCCUGAAGUAUACAAAAAAGUAUCAUAAAGCACCAAAUUUCUAGAGUAAAGAGGAACAAAAGAGAUAUUUCUUUAAGUUUUUAGCAUAAUGCCAGGCACAGUGUAGGCGUUUAAUAUAUAUUUAUUACUUUCCCUCUUCUCUAAGUCCUAAAGAACUGUGUGUCUCUGAUUGAUAUUAUAGUUGCAGAAAAAGGAGGUCCACUUGAGAAUAGUUUUGCGUGGGAUAUGUGUCAUAGAUAUUACUCACUAAGAAGAUGAAAUGCAAGUAGUCAUUCAUGAAGCUGGCUUGAUUUUUUUAAAGAAAAAAAAAAAAAAA